GUGAAAAUGCCUCUUCCCGGAUCGCCCAGGCGCCGUGGGCCCGGGCUCCAUCCCCCUUCUGGUGACCCCCCUCUCUCGCCUUUCCUUUCACCGAUUCCCCCCACUCGACGGUCCCCUCCCCCUCCGUCCCCAUACUCAGCCCUUCAACAUGGUGGUGCUCUCUGCUGCCAUCCUGACCAAGUCCGCAGGGAAGGUUCUCCUUGCCCGGCAGUUUGUGGAAAUGCCGCGCGCCCGCAUCGAGGGCCUGCUGGCCGCCCUGCCGAAGCUCUUGGCCUCCAACACCUCCCUCGUUGAGGGGUCUUCCAGCGUUACGCGCCAGCACACUUUCGUCGAGACAGAUCAUGUUCGCUAUGUGUACCGUCCGUAUGAGAGCCUGCUCAUUGUCCUCGUCACCACCAAGACAUCCAACAUUUUGGAUGACCUGGAGACGCUGAGCCUGCUGACCCGGGUGAUCCCCGAGUACUGCCGUCCCGAGGUGGAGGAUGUGCAGGCUGCGGUGUUCGAGCUGGCCUUUGCCCUGGAUGAGGUGAUUUCCUCCACCACAGCCCCCGGCGCCGGUGGCGGUGGUCAUGGUGAGCGUGUCUCCCCGGCCUACGUCAGUGCCUGUACCACGGCCAAGUCCCACGAGGAGGAAGUCUUCCUGAUGCUUGAGCGUAACAAGGAGCACGACGCCAAAGAGGAGGCCAAGCGCCGGGCGCGUAUGCUCGAGCAGCAGCGCCGCGACGCCCGCGAUCAGCGCCAGGGUGGUGGCUAUGGCAGCGGCUACGGCGGUGGCCAGGGCGGCGGCUACGGCGGUGGCCAGGGCGGUGGUUAUGGUGGCGGCCAGGGUGGCGGUUAUGGCGGUGGCCAGGGCGGCGGCUAUGGCUCGCCCCCAUCCGCCGGCUAUGGUGGCCAGCCGGCUGCGCCGCAGCACUAUCAGCAGCAGCAGCAGCAGCAGCAGCAGCCGCAGCAGGCGCGUGUCACCUCGCCGGCGAUGGCCGCCCAGGGCGCUGCUCCAGGCCGGAGCAUGAAGCUCGGCGGCGCCGGGCCCGGUGCCGGCUCCAGCCCCUUCGCCGGUAUCGCCUCCGGCGGCCCGAAGUCCAGCGCCUCCUCUCUGCUGGAGGCUGCCGCGGCCGAGGUGGCCACGCAUCGGCCAACUGCCGGUGGUCCUGGCGGUCGCCCGGCUGACCAGCCACCUCGUCAGGAUGUUGGUCCCGUCACCUCGAUCCUCAACCAGUUCCAGGCCCGCCUGGCGGAGUAUCAGUCCCAGCGGAAGGCCCUGAAUGUCAUCAUGGAGGAGUUUGUCACGGUGGACAUCGACCGCGACGGGGCCAUCCUCGAUGCCAUGAAGAUCCACGGCCAGGUGUCUGUCGCUGUGCAGGACAACUCCUUUGGCGGGAUUCGCCUGGCCCUUUCCGGCGCGGAUGUUCCCCCCUCCCAGGGCCGCACGAUGUCUCAUCCUCAGGCUGACAAGAGCGCCUUCAACAGCGGCCGGGUGAUUUGCUUCACCGGCGGCGAGUCGCCUAUUCGCCCGGAGCGGCCGACCACCCUGGCCCGGUGGACUCGCAAUGUGGCCGCCUCUCGUAUGGACGUCCUGCCCUUCACGCUGACCUGCUGGACGGAGACCGGGUCUUCGGCCAGCCACAUUUCCGAGCCUGGUUGCGUGUCGAUCGUCUUCCAGAUUGAGGCGGUGGCCGAUUGGUUCCGUGCCAAUCCCAGCGUCCCGACGACGGUCUUUUUCCACAUCCCCGCGCCGGCCAACCCCCACGUCCUGGAGGUCGACGGGAGCACCGAGUACUACGACUCGUCCAAGUCCCUUGUUUGGUCGCCGGAUCUGGAAUCCGGCUCGGCGAGCCUGAGCCUCGUCAUUGGCCACUGCGGAUCCAACCCGGACAACAUCUUCCCCGUCAAGAUCGACUUCAACUGUGUCACGCCACUCGAGCACACCUCGCAGGGGCAGCUGGUGGCCCCGCUGUCCGGUAUCGCUGUGGCCUCGAUCACCUCGGCGCAGGGCGCCCCGGUCGAUUUCUCCGGAGACGUCACCGUCAAGUCCUCAUCGUUCCUCAUCCAGUGACGGGUAUAUGGCUGCGUGCGUGGGUGUGGGACACGCUCUGUGUCCUGUUGUUUGCUUGCUUCCAGCGCCCAUUUUUCUGGAUUCCCCCGCCCCUCGCCCCAAAUACACUCUUCCUCCUCCCCCCC